AUGGCUAGACCUAAGGUGUUCUUUGAUAUUACCAUUAAUGGAAGUAACGCUGGUCGGAUCAUCAUGGAGCUGUUCGCUGAUAUUGUUCCAAAAACAGCUGAAAAUUUUCGAUGUCUGUGUACUGGAGAAAGAGGAGUUGGGAAAAGUGGUAAAAGAUUGCAUUACAAAGGAUCGAAGUUUCAUCGAGUGAUACCUAGUUUCAUGUUACAGGGUGGUGAUUUCACUCGUGGGAAUGGUACUGGAGGCGAAUCUAUAUAUGGCGAAAAGUUCCCAGAUGAGAAUUUUGAGGAAAAACAUGUUGGUCCUGGUGUUCUAUCAAUGGCAAAUGCUGGACCCAAUACUAAUGGCUCGCAAUUCUUCAUUUGUACUGCAAAGACAGAAUGGUUGGAUGGGAAACAUGUUGUUUUUGGUCGUGUAUUAGAAGGUAUGAGUGUAGUAAAAGCAAUCGAAAGCAAAGGAUCCCAGAGUGGACGAACAUCAGCUGAAGUGGUGAUAUUCGACUGUGGACAGCUUUGGAUUUAUGAAAAUAGCGCAUGCGAGAAAACUAGUGGUCCGUCAAUGCGGUGCUUCGGAAGCUGGUGCAUGCGAAACAGUUUGAUGUUGGAGUGGAUACGUUGGUUGAAAUAA